GGAGGAGGCUCUCAUUGACCAGGAGCUCUGUCUCCAGGAGAGGAAGCCCAGUGUGGACCAAGAGGACCCAGAUCCUCCACAGAUUAAAGAGGAACAGGAGGAACUCUGCAGCAGUCCAGAGGGAGAGCAGCUUGCACCGAAGCAGGAGGCCUUUACGUUGACUCCUACUUGUGAGGAAAGAGGACACGGUGAAGAUCAACUUUUGGACUUGUGUACUGAUGAAACUGAGCAUGUGGUACAGGAGACAUCUCAUAGCAACAUUUCAGUUGAAAGCACCACUGUAGUUGAACUAAACAAUGACCACCAGCUUCUCCCUCACAACUCUCAUGAAUCAGCAUUUAAGACUCAUACAAGAGUCCAUAGUGAUGAGAAACCUUUUUCUUGCAAAACAUGUGGAAAAGGAUUCAAAUAUAGUAGCAUCUUAAAAGCCCACAUGAGAGUUCACACUGGGGAAAGGCCAUAUUCCUGCAUCACCUGUGGGAAAACAUUCACUGAGACAUCAUAUUUGAAUCGUCAUAUAAGAAUCCAUAUUGGGGAGAAGCCAUAUUCCUGCAUCACCUGUGGGAAAUCAUUCUCUGUGACAUCAAAUUUGAAUCGUCAUAAAAAAAUCCAUAUUGGGGAGAAGCCAUAUUCUUGCAUCACCUGUGGGAAAACAUUCUCUGAGAGGAAGCCCAGUGUGGACCAAGAUGACCCAGAUCCUCCACAGAUUAAAGAGGAACAGGAGGAACUCUGCAGCAGUCCAGAGGGAGAGCAGCUUGCACCGAAGCAGGAGGCCUUUACGGUGACUCCUACUUGUGAGGAAAGAGGACACGGUGAAGAUCAAAUUUUGGACUUGUGUACUGAUGAAACUGAGAGUGUGGUACAGGAAACAUCUCAUAGCAACGGUUCAGUUGAAAGCACCACUGUAGUUGAACUAAACAAUGACCACCAGCUUCUCCCUCACAACUCUCAUGAAUCAGCAUUUGAGACUCAUACAAGAGUCCAUAGUGAUGAGAAACCUUUUUCGUGCAAAACAUGUGGAAAAGGAUUCAAAUAUAGUAGCAACUUUAAAGCCCACAUGAGAGUUCACACUGGGGAAAGGCCAUAUUCCUGCAUCACCUGUGGGAAAACAUUCACUAACAAAUCACAUUUGAAGUCACAUAUAAGAAUCCAUACUGGGGAGAAGCCAUAUUCCUGCAGCAUCUGCGGGAAAACAUUCGGUGACAAAUCUUAUUUCAAUCGUCAUAUAAGAAUACACAGUGGGGAAAGAAGUUCUACUGACUCAAUUGUCCACAUGAGAAGAAAUCACAAAGGUGAAACAUCAUAGAUGCAACUCUGGUGAGGAAAUAGUCUGAGCAAUUUUUCCGAUUAAAAAGACUAAACUAAAUAUAAUGUAGAGUAGGAGGAAGACAUCAACCAAAUACUUGGGUUGUGGGAUAAUAUUUGGAAACCCGACAGAAUAAGUGUGUAAAAUGUAUUGUAAGAGCCCAAAGUGUGUAUGUUGUUUAAUUGGACCUUCUCAUGUUAAGGACAUAUAUUUGAUAUACACUCACCUAAAGGAUUUUUCAGAACACCAUACUAAUACUGCGUUUGACCCCCUUUCACCUUGUGAACUGCCUUAAUUCUACGUGGCAUUGAUUCAACAAGGUGCUGAAAGCAUUCUUUAGAAAUGUUGGCCCAUAUUGAUAGGAUAGCAUCUUGCAGUUGAUGGAGAUUUGUGGGAUGCACAUUCAGGGCACGAAACUCCUAUUCCACCACAUCCCAAAGAUAUGGUAACAAGGCAUGAUGGAUCCAUGUCCUCAUUCUGUUUACGACAAAUUCUGACUCUACCAUCUGAAUGUCUCAAUAGAAAUCGAGACUUAUCAGACCAGGCAACAUUUUUCCAGUCUUCGACUGUCCAAUUUUGGUGAGCUCUUGCAAAUUGUAGCCUCAUUUUCCUAUUUGUAGUGGAGAUGAGUGGUACCCAGAGGGGUCUUCUGCUGUUGUAGCCCAUCCGCCUCAAGGUUUUGCGGGUUGUGGCUUCACGAAUGCUUUGCAGCAUACCUCGGUUGUAACGAGUGGUUAUUUCAGUCAAUGUUGCUCUUCUAUCAGCCUGAAUCAGUCGGCCCAUUCUCCUCUGACCUCUAGCAUCAACAAGGCAUUGUCCCCCACAGGACUGCCGCAUACUGGAUGUUUUUCCCUUUUCACACCAUUCUUUGUAAACCCUAGAAAUGGUUUUGCGUGAAAAUCCCAGUAACUGAGCAGAUUGUGAAACACUCAGACCGGCCCGUCUGGCACCAACAACCAUGCCACGCUCAAAAUUGCUUAAAUCACUUUUCUUUCCCAUUCUGACAUUCAGUUUGGAGUUCAGGAGAUUGUCUUGACCAGGACCACACCCCUAAAUGCAUUGAAGCAACUGCCAUGUGAUUGGUUGAUUAGAUGAUUCUAUUAAUGAGAAAUUGAACAGGUGUUCCUAAUAAUCCUUUAGGUGAGUGUAUGUUGGCGUGACGCCUCCUUUAUUUUCCUGCUUAUAUUGACAUCAUGUUUCCAACAGGUGAUUCCCGAGAUGAGCUGAUUAGGCACUUGUGCA